GAAACUCACCCACAAAUCGUAGGCUUGAAUUUAAUGCUUGUUGAUGAGUUGCUUGAGGUUGGACCCACAAAUUUAUUAACCCAUUUGGCCCACUGUUUUUUUAAUGAUCCCUGUGGAAUUUGCUAAUCGAAUGUUAGAUUUGCACUGGCAUUGGAAAACAUGGUUGGGAUUGUGGCAACUUCCAAACCAAUUUGGCUCCCAUUCCCAUCAUCACCCACCAUACCCAUUUCCUUGAAUUCCGACUCCAUCACCUGUUUUCCAGGCAUAAGCCUACCAAACCCUAGAUCAGUAUUGCACAAGACUCAUUCUUUUCCUCCCUUAUCCACAUUUUCUGCCCAAAAGGACUACUUUUUCCGCACCCACUUCUCACCCAAAGCUGCUGCUGCUGCUUCUUCUUCUUCUUCAGUUGGAAGUCCAGAAUCCACAGAGGAACCUGCCACCAAUGUGAAAUUCCUGACAUUAUUAAGCCUCCCAGGUUGCUCAAGCCUAUUAUCAUUACUUGGAACCGGAUACAGGGAGAAAGUUUUUGCAAUUAUUGGUGUUAAGGUCUAUGCUGCAGGACUGUAUACGAACCAAUCUAUUUUAAGUGGAUUAGAUGCAUGGAAAGGACAGUCAUCUCAAGUAAUACAAGAGGAUUCAUCUUUGUUUAACACAAUAUUCCAGGCUCGCCUGGAGAAAGCAUUGCAGAUUGUUUUGGUAAGAGAUCUUGAUGGUAAAACGUUCUGGGAUGCAUUGGAUGAUGCCAUCUCACCAAGAAUCAAGUCGCCCACUCCAGUUGAUGAAUCAGCUCUCUCGACAUUUCGUAGCAUCUUCCAAGGGAGACCUCUUAAGAAAGGGACUUACAUAUUUUUGACUUGGCUUGACCCAACUAAAAUGCUUGUUUCUGUCUCAUCUGGUGGUUUACCUUCUGCCGUGGACGCGACAAUCGAGUCAAUGAAUGUAACUUCGGCUCUAUUCGAUGUAUUUUUUGGGAGUGAUCCGGUAUCUCCUUCUUUGAAAGCUGCAGUUUCCAGCGGGUUGGCAACAAUGCUCAAGUAAAUUUAUUUGCAUGUUUGUUUUCAGUGUUUCUCCUUCAUGUGUGAGAUAGAGUAAUCUUUUUGAUAAAUUUUAUGUAUGUGAGUUCACGGAGUUGUUGUAUGUCGUUUUGUAUAUACUGAGCUUAAAAAUAGUAGCAUUAUGCUUCUCCAUUA